AUGCAUUUCUUGGUGUCUAUAUCAACAUAUAUCUUGGUUGUAAUCCAUCUGACAAUCUUCUCAUUAGCGAUGCCGUUCCCUGCAACAGUCCAUGCCAGCGAAGCAUUGCACCAAAGCCUGUCUGGAGUUACAAUCCAGCGCAGAGAUGCGCCAUACAAGAUCACUGGGGAGGAUUGCAUACAAAAACGAUCCGGCGGGAUCAAGUUCUGCGCCAUGGGUCAUUACUUGUGCCAGUCAAGAUCCACAGAGAUAGAAAGUGAGGGCGCAAGAAUGUGGGAGGCUAUUGAUGAUCCUGAACAGGAGAAAAAGUGUCCGCAGAAGGGCUGGGCUGGGAACAGUGAUAUUGUCAGGAUCCAGACCAAAUAA